CCGGGGAGCCACGGGCAGUGGCCGGGCAAGUUGUGCAUCGGGUUUGGUUGUGCGCGUGCACUGCGGACUGCCCUCGCGGGCACUCCUGGCUACCCCCCGGCUGGCGUCCCUGCAGCCCUCCCUGCAGCCUGCGUCCACGCUGGCGGCCCGAGCUACCUUCUCCGGUUCAGAUCGGGACAGGGUUUGCAUUGCAGUCAGGACGUGCUUCCCCCUGCGUCGAGCUUGGAGCUGCCCGCCCGCAGAUCGAGUCGCCGGGGACGCUGGGGGAGGAGGCAUGGGAAACCUGGGAAGGAAGCUGCGGAGAACUAAUGCCGCCCGCAGAUUUCUAAAAGCCUCUACCGUGUGCAGACGCACCGCAAGCCACGUUUUAAGCUGCUUUUGAAAGUUAUGGCCAGAUACUGAUUUUGUGACGAUUCUGUGAUCUACCUGAAAGGUUCUGCUCCUUGCUGGGAAAACAGUAAGAGGAGACAGUUAAAGUGCCACCAGUGGCAAGAGUCUGAGAGACGUGUCCCAAGAAGAACUGACGGCAUCGGAGGCCAGCCCGCCGAGAAGCACCAAUGGUGCAGGCACGCUAGAAGACUUUGACACAAGGCAGAGGUGGUUUGGACACCUCAGUAGAGGCCUGCACUUUCCUGGUCCAGCCUGAUUUGUGGGAGAUGGAUUAAAGCCGUAGAUCGUCUGGUUCUUAGUCUGAGAGUUGGAAAGAUUGGGAUGGUCUCACGUGCACAUCCCUAGACUAAUUGCAGCGAUGAAUUCAGACGAGAAGGGCAUAUCCCCUGCUCAUAAAACAUCCACUCCAACCCACAGAAGUGCCUCAACAUCCUCUCAGAGGGAAAGCAGGCAGAGUAUCCACGUCUUGGAGAGAACAGCGUCCUCAGGCACGGAGCCGUCUGUCAGUCGGCAGCUGCUAGAGCCGGAGCCCAUCCCCCUCUCCAAGGAAGCUGACAGCUGGGAAAUUAUAGAAGGGCUGAAAAUAGGCCAAACCAAUGUCCAGAAACCAGACAGGCACGAGGGAUUUAUGCUGAAGAAAAGAAAAUGGCCUUUGAAGGGCUGGCACAAGCGCUUUUUUGUCCUGGAUAAUGGAAUGUUAAAGUAUUCAAAGGCACCACUUGAUAUCCAAAAGGGGAAGGUCCACGGGAGCAUAGAUGUCGGACUGUCUGUCAUGUCGAUAAAAAAGAAAGCUCGGAGAAUAGACCUUGACACGGAGGAACACAUCUAUCAUUUGAAGGUGAAAUCCCAGGACUGGUUCGAUGCUUGGGUCUCCAAACUGCGCCAUCACCGCUUGUACCGUCAGAACGAAAUCGUGCGGUCACCCAGAGAUGCGAGUUUCCACAUCUUCCCUGCGAGUUCGACAGCAGAGUCCUCCCCGGCUGCUAAUGUUUCUGUUGUGGAUGGAAAGAUGCAGCCCAACAGUUUUCCAUGGCAGUCCCCUUUACCAUGCAGCAACAGCCUCCCUGCGACCUGCACCACGGGCCAGAGCAAAGUGGCGGCCUGGCUGCAGGACUCAGAAGAAAUGGACAGGUGUGCGGAAGAUCUUGCACACUGUCAGUCAAACCUUGUGGAACUUAGCAAGCUCCUGCAAAACCUGGAGAUCCUUCAGAGGACUCAGUCAGCACCUAACUUCACUGACAUGCAGGCUAACUGUGUAGAUAUUUCAAAGAAAGACAAGCGGGUCACAAGACGCUGGAGAACAAAAAGUGUCAGCAAAGAUACAAAAAUGCAACUUCAGGAAGGGCCACCCGCGAAGGGCCAGUUCAGCACCACUCGGCGCCGGCAGAGGCUAGCGGCAGCAGUAGCUACAACAGUCCCUUUCAGCGCCACCAUGUCGCCGGUGCGUCUGCAUUCCUCCAACCCCAACCUUUGUGCAGAUAUUGAGUUCCAGACCCCUCCUAGCCACCUCACCGACCCUCUGGAGAGUUCCACGGAUUAUACAAAGCUACAAGAAGAGUUUUGUCUGAUUGCGCAGAAAGUGCAUUCCCUUCUGAAGUCUGCAUUUAACAGCAUAGCCAUUGAGAAGGAGAAACUGAAGCAGAUGGUUUCUGAGCAAGACCACAGCAAAGGCCAGAGCACCCAGAUGGCCAGGCUCCGGCAAUCGCUGUCACAGAGUGAAGGAGCCAGCAAAUCCUGGGCACUCAACCAGAAUGCUGAGCUCAGGAGUCGGCUGAACAGAAUACACUCAGAGUCUAUCAUUUGUGAUCAGGUUGUCAGUGUAAAUAUUAUCCCUAGCCCUGACGAGGCUGGCGAGCAAAUCCAUGUCAACCUCCCUCUGUCCCAGCAGGUGGCCAAUGAGAGCCGCCUCUCCAUGUCAGAAUCUGUGUCAGAGUUCUUCGACGCCCAAGAGGUGCUCCUGUCUGCAAGUUCCUCAGAGAAUGAGGCUUCUGAUGAUGAGUCCUACAUCAGCGACGUGAGUGAUAACAUAUCUGAAGACAACACCAGUGUCGCGGACAAUAUUUCUCGGCAAAUCCUGAAUGGGGAGCUCACAGGAGGUGCCUUCAGGAACGGCCGCCGCACGUGCCUGCCUGCUCCUUGCCCUGACACCAGUAACAUUAACCUGUGGAAUAUCUUGAGAAACAACAUUGGCAAAGACCUAUCCAAGGUCUCCAUGCCUGUGGAGCUCAAUGAGCCACUCAACACACUGCAGCACCUCUGUGAAGAAAUGGAGUACAGUGAGCUCCUGGACAAGGCCUCGGAGACGGAUGACCCCUAUGAGAGAAUGGUUCUCGUUGCUGCUUUUGCAGUCUCAGGGUAUUGCUCCACCUAUUUCAGAGCAGGAAGCAAACCAUUCAACCCCGUCCUGGGGGAGACCUAUGAGUGCAUAAGAGAAGAUAAGGGCUUCCGGUUCUUCUCAGAACAAGUUAGCCAUCAUCCACCCAUUUCUGCCUGUCACUGUGAAUCGAAGAACUUUGUCUUCUGGCAAGAUAUCAGAUGGAAAAACAAAUUCUGGGGAAAGUCGAUGGAAAUCCUGCCUGUUGGAACCCUGAAUGUUACGCUUCCAAAGUAUGGAGAUUACUACGUGUGGAAUAAAGUCACCACGUGCAUCCACAACAUCCUCAGUGGGCGAAGGUGGAUCGAGCAUUAUGGUGAAGUGACCAUUAGAAACACCAAAAGCAGCGUUUGUAUCUGCAAGCUCACAUUUGUCAAGGUGAACUAUUGGAACUCCAACGUGAAUGAAGUCCAGGGGGUGGUGAUUGACCAGGAGGGAAAGGUGGUACACCGGCUGUUUGGGAAGUGGCAUGAAGGUCUCUACUGCGGGGUGGCUCCCUCUGCAAAGUGCAUCUGGAGACCAGGUUCUCUGCCAACCAACUACGAGCUCUACUAUGGCUUUACAAGGUUUGCUGUGGAGCUCAAUGAACUGGAUCCUGUCCUGAAGGACCUCCUUCCUCCCACAGAUGCCCGAUUCCGGCCAGAUCAAAGGUUUUUAGAAGAAGGAAACUUAGAAGCCGCAGCAGCAGAGAAGCAAAGAGUUGAGGAACUCCAAAGAUCUCGAAGACGGUACAUGGAGGAAAACAACCUUGAACAUAUACCAAAAUUUUUUAAAAAAGUUAUUGAUGCAAAUCAAAGAGAAGCCUGGGUCUCUAAUGACACCUACUGGGAGCUUCGGAAGGACCCUGGGUUUAGCAAAGUAGACAGCCCUGUUCUUUGGUGAACUGGAGACGUAGAGCUAGCCAACAUACCACACUCCGAAUGAAUAAAUAACUAUGCACAAUUAUGUUUCUUCUAGCUCCGCGUGGUUUCUGGGUCGACUGAGAACCUCCCCUUUGCUUUUCUAUCCAUCUUUAUAAUGGAUUUUCAAAAGUGCAUUAGACAAGGCUCCUAACCACUUUUGGAUCCUUUCUGUUCUGCUGCAACCAUAUUCCUUAAAAAAUAAAAUACAAUAAAAAAAAAAAUAAAACCCACGCCCUCCUCGGAAAGCAGACUAGAAGAAGGGAGUAUAAAGUCCAAAGGCAGAAGAGUUGAUCUAGAAGAUCGAACUGUAACCGGUGCUUCAGGUGGAUCAGGGGAGUGUACAAUGACAUACAAACUACAUGUUUGGUCUGCUGUCUGAAAGGUCAUCCCCAACCUUAGGAGCUCCUGAGCCGUAAUGGUCGGUUAGUUCAGACUUGAAGUGUGUUUUUUUUUGAUGUGGUGUGCUUGUACCAGCCUCGUCAAAAUAGACGUGAUGCUUCCGGAAACCCAUUCCAUCUUUACAACAUUGUUCAUGCCUUAAAGAAAUGCAAAGAUGUACAAUAAACUGUUGUUUGUUUUUUUUUUAAAUGUGUGCUCAUAGGUGUAUGUGAAGGACAGAUCAUUAGAAUCCUGGCGUGGAUUCACUUUCUUGGUCAGAACAUUGAUUCAGCUGAUCUAAGAGUAUUAAAUAAAGAAACACACUUUCCUUUGCUAAGUGAGUUACAGUAUGGUGGAUCUAAAGGUCUUACCCUCUUACGGGCUAAGGGACAUACACUAAGUAGAUCUCCGCAUCCAGGUGGCCAGAUAGUAGACCAUCCCUCCUCCCUCUGACCUCACGGUGUGCCCUGGUAUUUGGCAAUGCUGUAUCUGAUUUGGACACCUGUCAUUAGUGUUAAAACUUCAUUAGGAAGUAACAAACGUUUGGAGUUUCUACCUGGGCUGGUUGGUACCAUAAAGUACUGUUUUUGAGUAGCACACAAGGCCAUAUAGCACAUCCCUGACUCUUGCCCACUCCUUGGCACUGUUCAGAUUCCACAGAGAACAAAAGCUUAUUUGCAUUAUGUAAAUGGAUCCUAUGCAAAUCAUUUUCCUUUUUUAAAGUCAAGUAGUUCCAUAUGAUACAUGGUUACAUAUUAAUUCUCAACCUUGCUAAGGGCAGAAAUAAAAAAUUUAAAAAAAAAGCUUAGGCUAAAAAAGUUAUUUAUUCCAAAGGUGGGGGCAGGCAAGAAGUGUUUUGAAUUCUUCAGGUUUUGUUUUUCCUCCACGGGCACACAGAGGCUUGCAUUGGCAUUUCUAAAUUCCUGCACGUACAUGACUCUAUAAAUGCCUGUAUGUUUAAAAAAUAAAUCUCUUUAGGGGGCUUCCUAGUGAAUUAGAAAAUUACAUCUAUUUUGUUGUCAGUUAGAGUUUUAUUCUUAGAUCCUUACCAUCUGAAUUUAAGUGUUAUUUUAGACUCUGAUAACAAGGUUAGUGACAUUUUCUAUUUUGUUAAGAGGCAUCAAUGUUGGUGUUAUCUCUCCUCAGCAAAGCAUUCCUAAUAACGGCUAAUACACCAUAAAACCCAGCACUGCUUUUGAGAACAUGGAGGAAAACUCAGAAUUUCCACUCGAUGGAGCAGUAUUUUAGUUAUCCUAAAAUUCGUCUUUCAUCUAAGUCCAUACAUCAUGCACACAGCUGGCACUCAUUAGAAUGGACUUUCUCUCCCCUAUGAGUUCCCUAAGUCAGAGCUUCGGCUUACACAGCCUUCUCCAUGCGCUUGCCCCUCGAUUUCUUGAACUCCCGUUUGAAGUCUUCGGUGGUUUGCCUUGCGACUGUUAAAAUCUUCCCCUUUGUCAUGAACUAAGUCUUUCUUCAUUCAACCUGAUCCUCUUCUAUCUGUGCACCUUCAGUUAUGUCUAAUUUUAAUUUAAAUUAGAACUUAAUUAGAAUCCUGUUGACUUCCUCACAGAAAUGGAUUCUCCUCCCUUGGUAAAGCUCACAGUCCGAUGUAAAAUGGGUCUUGCCUGUGCUCAGUCGAGCUUUCCUAAACUGCCUCACAAUGACCUAAUCAGAAAAGAGUUCUGCAGAAGAAAGGUGUGACAAGGAGGGAUUGGGAAGGUGAGAUGGUCAAAAGAUAAUAGGGACCGUCAGUUUAACAAGUGGCAGAAGACCCAGGACCCUUGGGGAAGAAACGACUGUGCCCAGCGUUAGAGUUAUCUGAGAAGAAAGGAGAAACACUAGAUAAAGCCUUCACUAGAUAGAUAAUAAAGUUAGAUGACAAGUAUGAACAGUAAAUGAUGGUCAGGCCUACCCUGAAACUCUAAUUUAGAUUUUAGAUGAAAAUGAGAGAAGUGUCAUGUUGAUUCCAAUCGCAUGUCGCGGUAUCCUCCAUUUUGAAUCUGUUUUGACCUUCAGAUUCCCUGAUUGUGACCAUCAAGUCAUCCUCGGUAGACUUCAGAAUCUCCUGUGACACCCGAUUAGCUCACCUCCCAUUGGACACUGGCUUGUAUUGGUGUCACAGUCCUCCCCUCCUUGUCUUCACAGGGUGGUUAUAAAGUUAUAAUCCCGUUGGAAUUUCAUUCAUGUGACAUUCCAGCUUUUGAAUCUGAAUAGCAAAAGGGUAGAGUGUUAGUUUAUUUUCUUGAUAAAACGUGAUGUAUUCCUUGGAAUUUUACAUAAACCUUUAUAUUUGCUGGGGGGAGCACUGUUUUGUUUUCCUUAAAAGGACCUAGGAGGGCUUGGUAUGUCUGUGUUCCUCUCCCGUGCUUUAUUGUCAAGCUCCCUCCCCUCCAGUGGGAUGGGUCGUUAGGGAAAGCAGUGACUAGUGACAGUAACCCGAGGCUUGACCAGAACGGACUGAUCUACGGCACACGCCAGCAUUUGCAGAGGCUCCCCGGGAAACCAACCAUUUCGAUGCUCAGUGCUGCUAACCAAGGUGCAAAUCUCCUCUUCAGUGUUGCUGGUGUUUUCUUAUUUUUAAUUGUCAUUAUUUUUCAUGGAUUACUGCAAAGUGCUAUCCGUAUAUUCCCCAGGUAGUUGUAAGAAAAUAAACUUCAUUUAAGUUUAUUUUAGUGGUACAUGUCAGUUCUGUGUGAGAGCAGGGACCAAAUGUAAUCUCCCGGCUGAGGGACACCAAGGGAUUUUUGGUACAAGAGAUGCCAAAUUGUUAAUUUCCCAAAUCUUUUGUGCUCUGGCCUUGUUUUUUUUUUUCUGCAUGACCACUUACCAGUCAUUAGACCCUAUCCCAAAGAGCUUGGAGAGGGAGGGAAAGUUCUAUGGAAGAAAACCUGAUGAACCUGUUUUGCUUAAUACUAAAGAACGUUUUUGUUACUCUUUUGUGGGUUUAAUUCUCCAUCUUGUCUAAUCCCGGUCUCUGUCACGCUAGGUAACGAAGCACUGUGGUAGCAGACAGAGCUCCACACUCCAGGGCGAGUAACAGAUGUUUGCACUUGGCGCAGUCUCUCAUGAAUGUGGCACAGUAAAUGAAGUUUGUGUACAAAAUAUUAGUUUAUUUCUAUGAGAGCAAUUAUGUUCAGGAUAUAUAAAAUGUCUCUAAUUAAACCAUUAUGAAUCUAC